CUUGUUUUUCUUCUUCGAUCCAUGUCCAUCAGUCUUUCAUCCAUAAUUCACAUUGUGAUGCUUGUUUGAUCUGAUUCUGAUUCUACUGUCAACGUGCUUCUACAAGGAUCAUCUCAAUUAUUUUGUAUUUUUCAUUCAUGUACCUACAGAGAAGUCGUACGUGAAACGCGGUCAAUGACAUUGAUGUUGACAAUCUAUUUCUACUAGCGACAUAGACAUACCAGUAUAUGUAUGACAAGAAGAACCAUAAAAGUUCGAGCUAAAGAUUUUUGUGAAUACAUUCAAGAAAGGCAAAGCUUCCCAAGAUCAAGAACAGUAAACAACAUUAUAGAAGUAAACUACAAAAAAGAUGUUGGGUCGUAAGCGUCUGGGUAAGGGGCCGCCAGAGAAGAAAAAGCUUCCCUCCUGGCGUGUGGAAGAGGACGAUGAGAGCAAGAAGGACGCGGACGAGAAGCAAGGAUCUUCAGCUGCAACGACAUCAGGAGGUGGAGUGAAGGUGAAUCUUAACGUCGGGAGUAAUCAUCGCACCAGCGACAACCGCAGUAACAACUACAGGAAUGACAAUGGCGACAAAAACAACAAGUCGAGUUAUUCAUCAAGUAGAACAACUAAUGAAACAGCAACCGCAUCUUCUUCUACGUCGAGACGAAAUCGAGAGAAAAAAGACGAUGACUCAGACGAAGAGGAGGUGCAGCUGACUGAGGCCGAGCUUCGAGAAUUCCGUUUACAGAACGAAAAGGAGGACAGAGAAGAGCGAUUACGACGUUCGCAAGCGUUGUUGAAGGAACAAGAGGAAGAGCGGAAGAGGCAAUUGAAAGCAGAGAGAAGAAAAAGAAAAAAAAAGGCUUUUGCCUGGAUGGACAGCGAUGAAGAUGAUGACGACGACGAUGACGACGACCUUCCGCAAAGAGGAGCGAAGUUAUGCUGAGUGCAGAGUUUCAACCUUGAAUAUUAUAUAUCUUAAAAAACGUUUUCUGUUCCUAUUUCAUUGAUCUAAUAGUAGAGUGUCAUUAAAUGUACUACAUGUACAUCUGCAUGUACAGAUUGAGUGCCUGUGCCUCAUGUUUACUGCUCGUCCCACGCACUAGAUUAAACAUUGUCUACUUUUCUGUACACUACACAACUACACUGUCACGACAGCACACGACCAACACGUCAUCUAAUCCGAGAAAUCUCCUUAGCCGAACGUGAUGCCGAAGCUGCGAGGGCUAGAAAUGGCGGUCCUCCAGGGAAUAGACCCGUUCCCGCUUGUUUUAGUGGGAAGGAGCAUCUGUACAAAACCAAGUUGUGUCAAAAGCAUCAGAACGGCUUUUGCCAAUGGGGUGACUCCUGCCACUAUGCUCACGGAGCCUCCGAACUACGACCCGCAGCGCAACAGUACAACAACUACCAAAACUACGGUGGAAAUCAUGGUGGAGCUGGAGGGCCUCAAGGACAAUAUGGACACGAUGGAGGCCCUCAGACGAAUUAUUACCAACAACAUCAGCAGUUUGCGAAUGCUCAACAGCAGGCUGCGAUGAACAUGAUGUGGAACAAUGCGGGUGGUGGGGCUAGUUCGUCAAAUUUUUACAAUCCUGCGAUGAUGAACCCUCAAAUGAUGAAUCCUGCGUUCAUGAACAUGAUGAUGAUGAACAACAUGAUGAUGAUGAACGGAGGUGCUGGAGGUAUGCCGCAACAACAUCCAGGUGGAAUGAUGAUGGGAGGUAAUCCAGCUGCUGCGGGAAUGAUGAACUACGACGAAGAUCAGGGAAAUCAAGCAGCGUCUAGCCAAGCAGGAGUACCACAGGCUUCAGCUUCAAGCUCAAAAGGGCAUCAACAAGGACCAGGUGCAGCUGACUCCUCUUCUAGUCAAGCACGCAGAUCAAGGUCACGAAGUAGACAGAGAAAUACCGAUGAUGGAACUACAACAUCCAGUACAACAGCAACGUUUCCACCACAGGCGCCUCCUGGAGCAAGUGGCGAUCCUCACAUGAUGAUGCAUAUGAUGCGAGUGAUGGCGAUGAUGCAACCGCAAGCGGGUGCGGGACAACAAGAUUCGUCACCCUGA